GUGAAUGAAGCGUUUUCCCGCUCCUCUGUUUUUACCUCGGCGGGGCCACGUGGGUGAUGGAAGCGUUGGAAACGACCGGCGUGCGCGCCUGAUGGCCGAGAGCGCAAGGUAGCGGGAGUCGCACGAGACCGAACGCUCGCGGGUGACAUUCAGGUUCAUAUUGGGAGUACAUUCACAACUUCGUUGAACCAUGAACUUUGCAAUACAUGAUCUGCUCACUUGCUGUCGUCAGCUUGGAAGUGACAAAGCUAUGGAAAGAAAGAAGGAAAUCGAGAAGUUCAAGCAUCUUAUCUGUGAUCCAGAAACAGUUCAGCAGCUGGAUCGGAAUUCUGACUCCAAACAUGGAAAACAGAUGAACUGGGAUGCUGUGUUCAGGUUUUUGCAGAAAUAUAUUCAGAAAGAGGCUGAGAGUGUCAGGGUAGCAAAACCUAAUGCCGCUGCAUCAACCCAAGCAACACGACAGAAAAAGAUGAAGCAGAUCAGUAGUUUGGUUAAGUAUUUCAUCACGCAUGCCAAUAAAAGAGCCCCCAGAAUAAAAUGUCAAGAGCUUCUGAGUUAUGUAAUGGACACGCUAAAUGAGUCAUCAAGAUACGCUAUUUAUGGGGCCGAUUGUAAUAGCAUAUUACUUAAGGACAUUCUUAAAGUGAGGAAAUACUGGUGUGAAAUAUCUCCACAACAGUGGUCAGAUCUCCAAAACCUGUACUUUGAACUAUUUCUCAAUCCUUCCAGAGAUGUUAACAAAGUUUUGGUGGCUAGAAUAAUCUAUACACUUACUAGAGGCCUCUGUUUCCAAACUGACAAGUUCAAUUCAGAUAUUUUGAACUUCUUCUCAAAAGUUAUGCACCGUGCAAGGCAAGAAAGAAACCCUGCAGGCCUCGACCACAUUUUUGCAGCCAUUAACGUGUUUCUCCCCAUUUAUGCGAUGAAUUACCGAAUGCAAGUUUGCAAAUUAGGAGAGGAAAUUCUAUCAACUGUGCUUUUUAUAUGGGCUCAUUACAAACCAAAAGACUUUUUGAAGGAGCAGAUCAUUCAAUUUGUUCAGUUUCAGAUUUGUGUUCAUCAUCCACAUGGAGCUAAAACCCAGGAAGAAGGAGCAUACAGCUCAGCAAAAUGGCAAAAUACUUUAUACAACCUCUAUGAUCUGUUAGCCAAUGAGAUAACUCUUAUUAGCAGCAGAGGAAAAUAUUCUUCAGGCUCACGCAGUAUUGUUCUAAAGGACAACCUGGUUGAGUUAAUGGCUGAUUCUUGUCACCAGGUAUUUACUCAAGACACCAGAGUCCUGGAAGUAACUCAGUUAUAUACAGUUACUCAGCCAGAGGCUGGAGAUGGAGAAGGACCAUCCAAACGUAGGAGAAUUGAAUUAGGUUGGGAAGUGAUUCAAGAACACUUGCAAAAGUCACAGAAUAGUUUUGAUGUCAUACCUUGGCUGCAGAUUACCACCAGAUUAGUAUCCAAGUACCCCAGGAGCCUUCCUGACAAUGAGUUGACUCAUUUACUUAAUAUACUAUACCAAUUAUUACUACAGCAGCGUCGAGGAGAACGGACCCCUUAUGUAUUAAGAUGUCUUAAAGAGGUUGCACUUUGUCAAAGCCAAAAUAAAGACCUAAAUGUCACACAGAAGUUAGAACUGCAGCGAACGUGGUCCAGAAUUUGGUCUCUAGUAGAUCGUAGUCUAAACCUUCGACAAACUGAAAUGGAAAGCUUUGAAUUGCUUGGAGUCAUAUUUCAAAGAAAUUUAAUAACAAUGGACAAAGAAAUCUGGAGGAUAUUUACAGGUUCCGCAUGCAAGCCAUCAAGUUUUGCUGUGCAGUGUUUGGCAUCAGCAAUGACAGCUGUAGAAAUACCAGAAACUUCGAAAACUGGAUCAUUUCAAAAUGAUUGGGAAGGAAAUGCAGCUUAUACACUAAAAGAACGAGUUGUGAAAUGGCUUCUCUUCUGCUGUGUGGAGGAAGUUAUGGAAGACAGCAUGGAGCUCCCUCCAGUUUUGUGCAGUGACUUUCCUAAGCUAGAAUUACAGAAAAUCCUUGUAAGUCUGACUAUGAAAAAUUGUAGAGCAGCAAUGGCAUUUUUCCACAAUACAUCAGAAUGUACACAACAUACCCAAGAGAAAGAAGAAACGAGUCUUUCCGAAAUUGAAGCUUUUUACCUGCAGACAACCUUCAAUGAAAUUGAUAUUUUUACAAAUAUGGCAGAUGAAGUAUCAGAAAACAAACCUUCUGGUUCCAGCCUUGUUGUCAGUCAAAAGCUUGAAGAAACCUUAAAACAUGAUCUUAUGAUGAUGUCAGAGCAGCUGCUUAGCAAUGUUUCUCUUGAGACUAUAUCUAUGGAAAUUCUGAUGCGUUGUACCAGCAUCUUGACUGGUGUUCUUGGCUGCUAUUGUUAUGCUGGCAUUCUUACAGAAGAAGAAGCAUGUAAAUUGGAUCUUUUUCAGAAAGCUAAGUCCUUUUUUAAUUAUGUGGGUGAAAGCAUCUCUCAGUCUAAAAACAAGCUAAAUGAAGAUUCAAAAAUUGUUUCAUUAAGGAAUUUAAUAAUACAGUGCACUAAUUGUUUAUGCAACUGUACCCAGAAUAGCCCCAAAAAGAGUUUGUCCAGCAUCUUCUUGCAUUUGUUAACAUCAAAGCUGAUGAAUGAUCUGGCAAGUAUCUGCAAACAUCUGAUGUUUUUUACUGGAAAGUCAGGUGAAGCUGGAGAAGUGGAUUUAAUGGAAGAUUUUCCUGAAGAAAGUAGAAUGGAAGAAGGAAAUCAAACAAUCUUUGAUCUGUUUGAUGAUGAGUGUAAUGAAGUUGCUGAAGUGAAUGAAGUUGGAGACUUGCACACCUUGACAGGUAUAUUCAGUCUAUUUGAUGUAUAUUUUUGUGGCAAUUGAAUGUUUUUAGAAAAAAAUAGUAUUUGGGGGAUAAAGAAGUAUAAUUCAAGUAC